CAACGCAAAUUCUGACAGUUGGCUCUUCCUGGGUAGCUAGCUAGCAGAGUUGUUGACUAGCGACGUUUAUUUUGAUUUGGCUAAAUUAGCCUAGCAUAGUUAUUCCGUUAACUAGGUUGCCCUACACGAGGAAAAGCUACAUGAUUGCAUUCUCUCACUCCGGUGUAGUCCAUGGGCAGCCUUGCCAGAGAGGUUUUGGAUGAGACACACUGUUUCUGGGCGACGUGCGCUCAUCCUUGCUGCUGGGAGUCGGAGCAGCGCAUUGCCAAAGGCGUCCCACACUACAUAAGGCCAAGAACAUCAGAUGGGGGCAGAGCCCCUGUAGAUGUGGAAGAGUUUCCAACCCUUAGUGUGGUUAAUGUAUCGGAGUGGACUGAGGGCCAAAAGACCCCUAAAGGGAAGCUGCUUUACAAGACGCGUAGCAAGGAGAAUUUUGCCACAGAUGCCUCUCUAACUCUUCUCUCCAGCCAGUCACAAGUCCAGCAGCGGGAGCAUAACACAAGUACAGACCUUCACGUUCCAGGGUUAAACUCUGUUGACCAGAUUCCUCAUAAUAAACAACGCAAGGAAGUAAAGCUCAGCACAGCUCAGAUCAAUCAGUUGGCCAGCUGUUCCAGUGCAUCAUGGGGCUCUGGCUCCCUAGUGAUGUGGGUACCCAAUCCCCAACACAUCCCGCAGUGCCAAGCCCCAAACAGGCCUAAAUCUCCCUAUGUACCUGUCAAGGAGCUCAUUUGCCUUCCGUCCUUAAAAACCUCAAAAAUUAACAGAAAUCCAAGAAUUGAAGUCCAAGAGUCCAAGAAUGUGCGGAAGAGGGUGCCGUUCCAGCUGACAACAUUGACGUCAAAGCCGAGAAGUGAGCAUGGGUUGAGCUCCCCAGUGGCACAGCAAACUGUCCACCCAACAGACCUUGCCCUGGCCAAGCCGGACACAGACACUGACCCUAAGAGGGAGGAGGAGGAGGCCCAGACCCAGGCUCAUACCAGCCCACACCCUCCCCCAGCACCCAGGAUCCCCAGUGCUUUCCUCCUCAGGAACAAACCUGUGGUGUUCCACAGUGUCAGGGACAGGGUACUGAGAAGACACACCCAGCAGGACCUCUCAACAUACAAGUACAAACUGGACAGCAAGACUGGUGGGGGUGGCAUUGACUGGGAUAGUCUGAGAAGACAGACCUAUCUGUGGAGGAAGCACAACCUUCCACCCAGAGAGAAGCCAUUUCCCCCAGAGGACAUGACUGUCAGCCAGAUAGGCUUUGGUUUCUACCCCAUCCCAAAGGCCAUGCUCCAUCACGACCCAAGGAGCCCUCUGUCCAAAGGUCCAGCUGUGUGGCGCUGCCUGGAAUGUGUGGAUGGGAUGUGGUGUGGCCAUGGUGGUGGUCCACUGGCCUCCAUAUCCAAGUGCCUUAACUCAUUGGUGUCAAACAGUUCCUUCAAGUUCUGUAGCAGAUCCAACCUCAGCUGUCAAAACCCCUUGCACCAACUCCUAGAUGGAGAUUACCUAAGUGAUGUGGAUCCAGGCAACAAGGGCACCAUCGCUCCUCAGAACUCCAUGAUGUACCUUCAUGACACAGCUUCAAACGACAGUGACUGUCAAGGAGAGGAUAAUGAAUUUGGCUUAUGUCCAGAGAGAGAUGCUGAAGGAGGUCUAGGAUCCCUAGAGAGGCCAGGUAGGAGCUCUUAGGACAAAGGGCACAGGUCUUCAGGGUCCCAGCCAUCCCCUCCACCCUCUAGCUUCAACUCCGAUACCUACGGAAAUGGUUAACCUUGAAUAUGAAGAGACGGACACUGAACGAUCCAGGACUAAGAUCCAGGAGUAAAUGUACUCAUCAUGCCUGUGAACAUUCAUAUAUUUAAUCCAGAGCUAUCCUUAUGCUUUUGAUAAAUACAUCUGGUGGCUUGCUUUUUUUUCAUGUCAAGUAUAGCCUAACACGGUAACGUAACAAUAAACACUAAGUGUACAAAACAUACACUUGCACUUUCCAUGUCAUAGACUGGCCAGGUGAAUCCAGGUGGAAGCUAUGAUUCCUUAUUGAUGUAAUUUGUUAAAUCCACUUCAAUCCGUGUAAAUGAAGGGAAUGAGGCAGGUUAAAGAAUGAUUGUUAAGCCUUGAGACAAUAUAGAAAUGGAUUGUGUAUGUGUGCCAUUCAGAGGGUGAAUGGGCAAGAUAAAAGAUUUAAGUGCCUUUGAACGGGGUAUGGUAGUAGGUCCUAGGCGCAGCGGUUUGUGUCAAGAACUCAACAGUUUUGUGUAUCAAGAAUGGUCCACCACCCAAAGGACAUCCAGCCAACUUGACACAACUGUGGGAAGCAUUGGAGUCAAUAUGGGCCAGCAUACCUGUGAAAUGCUUUUGACACGUUGUAGAGUCCAUGCCCCGACGAAGUGAGGCUGUUCUGAGGGCAAAAGCGGGGGUGUAACUCAAUAUUAGGAAGGUGUUCUUAAUUUAAUGUUUUGUCCACUCAGUGUAUGUUAACUUACAUGAUUUAUACUGCCUAAUCCUUGUUCAACAAUCAACAAUUCUUAUUCAGUUAUG